AAUUGGAGCGAGGCAGGAGACGCUCUUAAUAAUCGGACUGAAGCCCGACUGUGGAGGAAUGAGGCUGCGCUGCUAAGGGCAACUGGCGGAGCAGAAGGGGCGGGACCAGGAUUCGCCAGGCCCAGCGCGUCCUCGGGAUAUAAGCAGCCUGCUUCAGCGCGUGAGAGGGAGAGGACAGGAGCUGAAUCUGGCUUGGAGCUGAGCCGGCUUUCCCACCCAGCUUGAUUCUACAGAGGUGGCUCUUCCCCCAGCUGCCUGCCCACCCGGUCCUGGUUUGGGAUGGUUUGUUUGACCUUUCUUUUCUUUUCGCAGGGCUUAUCCGUGGAGCAAUGACACCGACCACACGGGGGGAGGGGCACCCGCUUGUCGAUGCUGGUCCUGUUUAUUUGCUUGGAUUGUACAAUAAAGACUGUAUUCUUUUAUUGAGGGCCGUGCCUCUCUGGCUUUUUGUUGCGGCUCACGAGCCGGGUCGUAACAAUGCUUUUGCAUCUAUUGAGUGAUUACUAAAUGUUUACAGUGCUUCACAAGUCAUCUAACUAUCUUGAAAACAAGUUUAUCAGGACAUGGUUGAUGACUAUCCAAAAAAUACAGGUAUUACUUUGCAUAAUAACAGGUGUGAACUAAUGUUUGCUCAUAAAAGAUUAAAUAUUAACUGUGGUAAUGCUGCUAGCGCUUUGCAGCAGAGGCAAAGGUGAACUUUUAUCAGAUAAACAUGUAUAUUAAGGCUUUGUAAAGGGAAAUUAGACUGACGGUAACAAAUGAGCUGCUUCAUUCGACUAAGUGAAGAUGCUGAACGUGGUGAGUCUCAGCUUUGUGCCAUUGCUCUUAGCAGUGGGGGCAUUGACGCUGGAGAGCAACAAAGUGGAGUAUGAUUACUUCCAAUACCAUCCAAUGGAGGAGAUCAGCAGCUGGAUGUCUCAGAUGGCGAAGCAAUACCCCGAUGUUGUGGCCAUAGUGGAUUAUGGGAAGAGCUAUGAGAACAGGACAAUUAGCUUGAUGAGGAUCGGCCUGAAGUCUGACACCAAAAAGAAAGCCAUCUGGAUGGACUGUGGUAUUCAUGCCAGAGAAUGGAUCGCUCCGGCGUUUUGUCAGUACUUUGUCAGACAGAUUCUCCAAACGUACAAAACAGACGCUAAAAUGGAAGCCAUGAUGACAAACAUGGACUUCUACAUCACGCCGGUGCUCAACAUCGACGGCUACAUGUUCUCCUGGAAGAACUCCUCAACCCGACUGUGGAGGAAGAACAGGUCACCGGGACCUUCGGGCGAUUGCUACGGCACCGACCUCAACCGCAACUUUGAUGCCAACUGGGGCACCAUCAGAGUGUCGUCUGACUGCAACUCCGACAUCUACCCUGGCAGAGGGCCCAUCUCAGAACCCGAGGCCCAGGCCGUAACUUACUUUGUGGGAAGCAGAAAGGAAGACUUCCUGUGUUUCCUCACCAUCCACUCCUACGGCCAGCUGCUCCUGAUUCCCUACGGACACCCCGACUUCACCGCCUCCAAUUACGAUGAGCUGAUGAAGGUGGGAGAGGAAGCAGCUGAAGCCAUUUUGAAAGUUCAUGGGAAAACGUACAGAGUUGGAACCUCUCCAGCUGUGUUAUACCCCAACUCUGGUUCAUCCAGAGACUGGGCUCGAAUGCAGGACAUCCCCCUGACUUUCACCUUCGAGCUGAGAGAUAACGGCACCUACGGCUUCGAGCUCCCCCAGGAGGAGAUCCAGCCGACCUGCGAGGAGGCCUACAGCGGCGCCCUGCACAUCAUCACCUACGCCCACGACAAGACCUUUAACGGCGCCGCGGCCACCGCAGCAGCGCUCUGGACCACGCUAUUAGCGCUGGGGGUCCACCUGAUGUGA